AUAAUGUAUUAAGAGUCAGUUUCACAUUGAUUUCACUUAUGUUCGUAGUGAACGGUUGGGAUCACGUUUUUGCACAAGACGCAUCUUCAAUAAUACCCUUGAACCAUUAUGACCAGAAGAGUUAUUUUUUGGCCGUCCAUGCUAAGGCAACUUUUAUGCAGGCCAUGCAAUUUUGUGAAAAUUUGCACAUGAAACUAUUGAGUGUCAGAUCAGCAGAAGAAAAUGAGAAAAUACAUAGCUAUAUACGAAACACUAAUCGAGGCACCCAAUAUUGGACAUCAGGAUCUAAAUUAUUAGAUGGAAAAAACUGGAUAUGGAUGUCAUAUGGAGUUUCUGUUGACUAUACACAUUGGGCACCAAAUUUGUCAUAUGAUGAACAAGCCUUAUGCCUACAAUUGGAUAGUGAGGAUGAAUCAGUUUACUGGAAACAUGCACAUUGUGGCAUAGCACUAUUUUUCAUUUGUGAGAGAUUCAAAGGCGAAGGGGCUAACUAUGAUACAAAUGAAAUGAUAAGUCCUCAAGCACAAAUCACAAGUGAGUGGGGUUUUAAUAUUCAUUCCUUGAAAUGGAGCAAAAUACUAUGA